AUUAUUCUUGAUUCUUGAACUGUUUCCUUGUCGUCGUCGCCGUCGUCGUUCGAUAUCUCUGCCCUAUUGUCUCUUAUAUUGUCCAAGUAUAUCCGUAUGAAAAAUGUCUGCUCGAUCUCCGUCUCGGGAGAAAGAUAACAGGCAGCCAUUUCCACAUACAUCGUCACCUCACCGGCAGACGACGUUGCCUACAGCUUCUUCAUCGACGACCAACCUGCCAGCUUCUAUCAAUCCCACCCCACACACUAUCGAGUCUAUCCUAGCCCUGCACGGUUCAGCGUCUGAUCCUCAACUCGCUGCACUGGAUCAGGCUGUGUCUGAGCGCAAUGUGCUUUCUUCUCAGAACUCUCAGUUAUGGAAGCUCAUAGAGAAGCAACGGUCAGGGUAUAACCAGAUCAUGAAGGAGCUGGAAAGAGUUAGGAACGAGAGGGAUGCGUACAAGGCUCGUUUGGCAGCAGCCACAGGUGGUCCAAUAGUUUCCGAGAAGCGUCACCUCAGUCGAGAGCGCGUACAGAAACAAAGUAUUGACAGUGUUGUAACCGACGGAGGUAUGUCCUCUAAUAACAGAGACCACAAUCCCCGUCAAAAUAUGACCAGGUUCUACUCGGAUGAACAAGUUCCACCACGAACAAACAGUCACGGCUUACAUUCUGCUCGCUCUCACGAGCCUUUGGCGAACUCUCCAUCGGCUUCCGUUUCUUCUUCCUCCCUGGUCUCUUCCACUGCGUCUACCAACGCCAGCCUUCACAGCUCCCAGCAAAUGACUGCUCGCCUUGCCCCACUUACAGUUCCUCCUCGCUCAGACCUCUUGCCGGAACUUUCGGCUACACAGGAAACUCCACCUCAUUCAUUCAAUAACGCUACCCCAAAAUACUCCCACUUUGCUCACGGCUAUAAUGACUCCAUCAUAUCCUCUAUAUCCUACAGUUCCAGUUCCAACAGUCAUAGUACAUCGACCAAACCUUCAGUAUACCCCCGAAAAAGUAGUUUCACUGAGAGCAUCAGUAGUGUUAGCACUAAUGGUGUGGACGGAGUUUCAGGGAGCGCUUACAGCGGUAUCGCCACAGGGGGGAAAUAUGACUUCUCAUCCCAAAAUACCCCUCAGACCGCUCCAGCAGAAUACCCGUCCAACAACUCAAUAUAUACCCCAAUUACGCCUCACGGCCAAGGCACUUUGAGCACUCCACAAAUCAUCACAUCCAUCUCCAUUCCUAACGACGCUCCAGAUCGUGACCAACACGCGUCCCCCAUUUCCCAAAAAGCAAGCAAUAACCUCACUGCCUUAUCUCCUGCCAUCCGCCAUCCACUCUCCCGAGAAUCUCGUAUAUCGCUACCGGAUGAGGCAAAGCAAUACAUCGCAAAUAUGGGCGAGUCCCCUGCACCGAGUCCUAGAGUGGAGAUGUUCAACAAGACAUCAUCAUCGCACUCGUCUGUCCCGGUUUCUCCAGUUCGUGGAAAGGAUCGAGAAUUUUUGGACAUGGAAGAGGAAGCAGACGAUGACAAUGACGAUGGUGAUGAGGAGGACGACGAAAGUGGUGAAGACUUGGAUGAGGAGUAUGAGGUCGUGGAUCCUUCAUCGGCGGCACCCAAUUCUGCGCCAGCUCCUUCCCCAUCAGCUUCUGCUGAAUCUUCCCAGGAUCGACUGCCAAAUCAAUCAGGGUCAUCAUCAACAUCUUUCUCUGGACCCUUGAGUCAGGCGCCAGCUCGCUCGAGCAGUAAUCGUCAGUACGUGUCAAUCAACGACUUCCCUCUUUCUCCAUCCACAAUGUCGCCUCACCAUGCUGAGGCCAGAGCAGAAGCCGCAUAUCAGCGCCAGUUGAUCGGUGACACCUCACCGCAACGCUCAAACGAUGACCUUCGCCCUCAACGACUCGAGGCACAAAAUGUUCCAGCUACCCAGAUGAACGCUACUGCGUCAUCUGCUGGCUUCUUCCGUGCCCUUCCUUUGCUAUCUACCGACCUUCCCCAUACUAAAAUCUACGUUUCGCAUUCAUUCGUUCGACCAAAUGAUCGAGGCAAGGAAGUUCUAUCGUUCAUCGUCUACGUGAAUCCUGGUAAAGGCAAAGAUGGUUGGAAAGUAGAGAAGAUGUACAGUGACGUUAUAAAUCUAGACCAACGAGUCAGAGGUAGCGUUGGGAAAAGUGUUGGGAGAAAGAUAUCUACUUUGCCUGAGGGCAAGCUAUGGAAGGAUCAUGCACCUGCCAAAGCUGACCAACGAAAGGCUGUUCUGGAGACCUAUCUGCAAACGUUAAUCAACCUUCCUGUCAAAAACAACGACGAAGUCAUCGCCUUUUUUACUACCGAUAUUGUGAAAGACACUAUGCAACCGGUGAUGCAGGUGGGUCAUAAAGAAGGAUACCUCACGAAGCGGGGAAAGAACUUUGGAGGAUGGAAGACACGUUAUUUUGUCUUACAAGGUCCCGUGUUAGAAUAUUUUGAUGCCCGAGGCGGCACUCAUCUCGGUUCAAUAACGGUUACCGGUGCUCAAAUUGGUCGACAACAACGUAAUAACACCACUACCUCCACAGACGAGGAAAAGGAAUACCGACACGCCUUUCUCAUUGUUGAGGCGAAGAAAGGACCUGGUGGAAACCAUCCUCGACAUGUUCUUUGUGCUGAGAGUGAUGCUGAACGGGACAGUUGGGUUGAGAUUCUUGUGAGAUACUUCACUGGAACGUACAGUGAAGAACCCGUAGCAUAUGCUCCUUCUUCCGCUGCACCACCACCACCACCACAGUAUGUCAACAGUACUGCUCAACCUAAUCCUAGUGUCCCAAGGACUAGUAUAUCGACCGACCCUCCCAGAAAACCCUCGCGAGGGUUUUCCAAGGAUGAUAUUGGUGCAGAGAAACGGGCCAUUCCUCUAUCUCAACUUCCUCAAGAUGCCACAAAUGCCAAGCUCUUCUCCCGUCCUUCUCAAGAUGAUUAUAACUAUUCGAGUCCCUCGAAAUCCAUUCCUGCAUCUGCUGAUCCUCGCACCACUGAACGAUCCCAGUCAGGACAACCUUCCAGCCUGCCAGAUUCCUCGCCUUUAUCUAAUCCUCCUCCUUUUCUGGAUCCCGGACAGCGGGCCAAUUCCGAAAUGGGUCAUUAUCCUGAAAUCCAGAUUGUGCGUGCCCAACAACAGCGUCAAUCGCCUGAGCUGUAUCGUCAGCGUGGCGAUUUAUCCAAACAAUCACAGGUUUCGUCUCCGAUUGGACCUUUACCUACUGAGCGCGUCCCGUCUCCGGAAAAGAUGGAAAAGGUUAAAAUAUCUGCCCCAAUGAAUGGCGCACCCAUUCCCGCUGGAUAUAAAUUUGGGAAGGACAAUCCGCCAGAGCCUAGUCUCACUCCAAGUUCGAGUGAUCGACGAGAAAAGGCCAAAUCUAGGUCGUUCUGGGGUUUCGCUAGACCUGGUGGAAGUGGAGGUAGUGAUAAGAAUGUGGCACCCUCUUCUACAUUUAUGCCUCGCGCUGUCUUCGGAGUCAAUUUGGAGGAGUCUCUUGACGUUGCCCAAAUUGCGAACUUGCCCGCAAUCGUGUUCCGCUGCAUACAGUAUCUAGAGUCGAAGAAAGCAGAUCAAGAGGAGGGAAUAUAUCGUCUGAGUGGCAGUUCCGCUGUCAUCAAAUCCUUGAAGGAUCGUUUCAAUGCUGAGGGCGAUGUCGAUCUUCUGGCUUCAGAUGAAUACUGGGAUCCUCAUGCUAUCGCCGGUUUACUUAAAAGUUUUCUGCGAGAUCUACCUUCAAGUAUCCUCACUCGUGAACUCCAUAUGAGAUUCCUCUCCGUCAUAGAUUUUGUAGAUCCUCAAGAACGGAUCAAAGAACUUUCGCAACUGAUCGCAUCCCUACCUAUCACCAACUACAGUCUUCUUCGUGCGCUCACAGCUCAUUUAAUUCUCAUCGUGCAAAAUUCAGCCGUCAACAAAAUGACAAUGCGGAACGUCGGAAUUGUGUUUAGUCCAACUUUGGGUAUUCCUGCAGGUGUCUUCAGCUUAAUGCUCGGGGAGUUCAAUAGAGUAUUCAACGUUGAUGCGGGUCGAUCGCCAUCGGAAUCUAACGAAGAUCUUGAGUUGGAGCCUGAUAGAAGAAAUAGUUUACAGUACUCUGAAGCUGCUGCCGAUAAGCUUCUGGGGUUGUCUGGAAGGUCACUGUCGACUCCUGCUGAAGAGAAUCAGUCUGAUACCGAUGAAUAUUCAAUCAAUGAAGAUAGUGGUACGGAACCGGAAGUGACAAUUGAAUCUUCGCCAGACAGUCCUGUUGGGGGAACACAACAAGAUCUCACGCCUCCGGACACACCCUUGGCUCAUAGCAAAAAUGGACGCGCUUCAAACCUAGCAGCUGGGCGCGGACUUAACAUCUCCGUUUCUGACCGGGGUCAUCGAUAUUCACGAAUGAUGGGUUUGCCGGCUUCUCCUCGACCACCACCUUCCCCUGGUGGCCACUCGGCAUCUCCUUCUCUUUUGCCUACACAAUGAUUUCUUGAUCACGUCUUUGCCUUUCUCGUGUUGUUCUCGUAUUUUUUUUUUUGGAAGAGCAUUCUGUACUGUUCAUAUUAUAUAUGCUGUAUCAUAUUUAACUGAACAUCUCUUUUGUCGUACUGCUUAUCGGACAUUGCAU